AUGCUUCAGAACCGCGCGAGAGCUGCUGCAGAAGCUCCAGAAGAAGGACUAGGACAAGAAGAAGGAGGACAGCCACCUCCAGCGGAACCCGAAGCUCCUGUACAGUCAGGAGAGCCGGAACAUGCUCAGCCGAAAGAGUCAGCUGAGGCAAAACCGCCAUCUGGUGAAAAUGCAUCGAAAGGGUCAUCUGUCGGAUCUGUUGAAACAGGACAAAAGACUCCUGAAUCUGGCGAGCGCGCAUCACUGGCUGGAUCAGUUGAUGGAGGACGAAAAACCCCCGAGGCUGUCGACCGUGGCUCGCGUGGCUCCGCCGAUCAGCAUGAGCCUGUGCCAGAUGAGGUGCGUUAG